AUGAAAUUCUCGACUAUCCUUGUCGCGGUGGCUGCUUCGGCGGCAAAUGCCCAGCGACCAACCAAUGUCUCCAUAUGCGACUACUACACCACAGCUCUCCUUAAAGAGAACACGGCAGAGAAUCAACUGACCCUGCUCACGCUCCUCGUCAAUACUGUCGUAAUUGGCAACUAUACAGCCCCCAACGUCGGCGUCAAAGUCCCCGGCAUCCUUGCCCCAGGCCACAUCAACGGCAAGGCCGUCAAUCUUCUGCCAUACUUUAACGGCCAGCUAGCCUCGACCAAUACCGGUGGCCCUCAUGGAGAAUCCGUCAACUUCCUCGACGGUGGCGGCGCAGCACCGCUCAUGAAGAACAAGCCUGCCAACGAGGAGUCCUCAAGACAAUAUUUCCUCCUCACGCACCUGUAUCAGUUCUUCGGCUCCCUCCUCUCCUGCUCUCACCAAGGAAUGCCGGGCUUUCCCGCCUAUGGCGGCCGAGCAUCGCUCUACCAAGUCCACAAGUUCAUGGCUCUCGACAACGCAGAACUGACCUACUUCAUCCAACAGAUUGCCCUCGCCGCGCAGUCAUUUGGUGUAGCCGCCUCGGACAUUGAGAUUGUAGGCAACGCCCUCUCCAACGCCUUCGGCAUGCGCUGUGCUACGCCCGCCACAGUUAUUAAGGCGCAAGGGCCACAACUGCAGGCGAUUUGUAUUGAGAGCGAUUGCCCCUUGGCAAAGAACGCAUCUUGUGGCCUAUAUGAAGCAGUGGUGGAGCCGUCGGCCAAAAGUAAUUCAACCGCAACCAUGGAUUCACACAGCACUGUGAUGGCGACAGCAACCCAGCCGACGACAGUACCUUCGGCUGGGGCUGGGACUCUCCAUUGUUUGAAUGGCGCGGCCGUUGCUGCCGUAGUUGGUGUCGCUGCGUUUGCUGUCUAG